AUGCCUUGCGUACAGGCCGCCGCCGAGACGGACAAGUCGUUUGUCCAGAUUGCGAACGCCGAUAUUGAGGAGCUCAUCAAGCAACUGACCCUAGAUGAGAAAGUUGCUCUUCUAACGGGUGACGAUUUUUGGCACACCGUCCCCAUCCCCCGACUCGGCAUCCCGUCCAUUCGACUCUCUGAUGGCCCGAAUGGCGUCCGCGGCACCCGCUUCUUUGGCAGCGUGCCGGCAGCCUGUCUGCCCUGUGGUACAGCCAUAGGAGCAACGUUUGACAGAAAUCUUGCUGUGCAGGUUGGACAUCUGCUAGCGGCGGAGGCCAAGGCUAAAGGCGCUCAUGUUAUCCUAGGCCCGACGAUAAACAUUCAGCGAGGCCCGCUGGGAGGCCGAGGGUUCGAGUCGUUCUCAGAAGACCCGCUGCUGUCGGGAAUCAUAGCAGGUCAUUAUUGCAAGGGCUUAAAGGAGGACAAUAUCGUUGCAACGCUGAAACACUUCGUAUGCAAUGACCAGGAACAUGAGCGGAUGGCCGUUAACUCCAUUCUCACCGACCGGGCGCUGAGGGAGAUCUACCUUCUGCCCUUCAUGAUCGCGAUCGCCCUGGGAAAGCCGGAAGCGAUCAUGACGGCUUAUAACAAAGUGAAUGGGCUUCAUGCAUCAGAAAGUCCGGCGCUUCUGCAGGGCAUUCUACGUGAAGAAUGGGGCUGGGAGGGCUUGUUGAUGAGCGACUGGUUUGGAACUUAUAGCACAUCCGAGGCCAUCCACGCUGGAUUGGAUCUCGAAAUGCCGGGGCCAACAAGAUGGCGCGGCGGUGCCCUGACACAUGCAAUCACCGCAAAUAAAAUUCCCAUGGCGACGGUAAAUGCCCGUGUUCGCGCUGUGCUGCGUCUGGUCCAGCAAGCCAGCCGAUCAGGUAUUCCUGAGCGCGCCCUGGAGUUACAGCUGAACCGUGCCGAGGAUAGACAGCUACUGAGGAAGAUCGCCUCGGAAGCAGUUGUCCUGCUCAAGAACGAUGACAACAUUCUUCCGCUGGACAAGACCAAGAAGAUAGCCGUCAUCGGCCCUAAUUCCAAGAUUGCUACCUACUGUGGAGGGGGUAGUGCAGCGCUCAACCCCUACGAAGCUGUAACUCCCUUUGAGGGAAUCUCGAACUCAGCCUCAGGCGGCGUGGAGUUCGCCCAGGGGAUAUACGGACAUCAAAACCUGCCCCUGCUGGGGAAACGUCUGCGCACUCAGGAUGGCCUUACCGGUUUCACCUUGAGAAUCUUCAAUGAUCCACCUACCGUAGCGAACAGAGUACCGCUAGAGGAACGACACGAAACAGACUCGAUGGUAUUCUUCCUUGAUUACAACCAUCCAAAGCUACAACCCGUGUGGUUUGCAGAUGCGGAGGGAUACUUUGUCCCAGAGGAAUCCGGCAUGUACGACUUUGGCCUUUGUGUGCAAGGCACUGGCAAGCUCUUUGUGGAUGGCAAACUGCUAGUCAAUAACGCCAAUGUACAAAGGCCGGGACCUAGCUUCCUCGGGAGUGGCACUAUGGAAGAAAGAGGCACACUGGAACUCACGGCCGGCCGGCAGUACAAGGUCCAUGUGCAGUGGGGAUGUGCUAAAACGAGCACAUUCAAGGUCCCCGGGGUAGUCGACUUUGGUCACGGGGGCUUCCGAUUCGGCGCUUGUAGGCAGCUCUCGCCUCACACUGGCAUCGAAGAAGCCGUGCAGCUGGCUGCAUCAGUGGAUCAGGUCGUCCUCGUGGCGGGGCUGAGUGCAGAAUGGGAAUCGGAGGGCGAGGAUCGCACAAGCAUGGGCCUGCCACCACAUACAGAUGAAUUGAUUUCUCGUGUGUUGGAGGUCAACCCGGAUACUGUUGUAGUUCUGCAAAGCGGAACUCCCGUGGAGAUGCCCUGGAUUCAGAACGCAAAGGCUGUGCUGCACGCCUGGUACGGGGGUAACGAAACUGGUAAUGGCCUUGCGGAUGUCAUCUUCGGUGAUGUGAACCCGUCUGGCAAACUUCCACUCACAUUCCCCCGCCACGUCAAAAACAACCCUACCUAUUUCAACCACCGAUCCGAGGGUGGUAGAGUCCUGUAUGGUGAGGACGUCUAUGUCGGUUACCGAUUCUAUGAUGAGAUUGAGAUCGAUCCGCUAUUUCCUUUCGGCCACGGUCUCUCGUACACGACGUUCGAACUAUCGGGCUUGUCCUUCGAAAGGGAUUCCAAUUCACUGCAUGCCAUCUGCACAUUGCGCAAUACCGGAUCCCGGGCUGGAGCGGAGGUGAUACAAUUAUAUGUGGCCCCGGUCUCGCCGCCGAUCAAGCGACCACAGAAGGAGUUGAAGGAAUUCCGAAAGGUCUGGUUAGAGCCUGGUGCGGAAGACGUGGUGCAGAUUCCGCUGGAUCUUGUCCGCGCGACAAGCUUCUGGGAUGAGAAGAGCAGUAGCUGGUGCAGUCACAGUGGCACUUAUCGAAUCAUGCUGGGAACCAGUAGCCGUGGAGCGUUCUUGGAGAGCCCCAUUGAAUUGAGCGAGACCACUUUCUGGUCGGGGCUCUGA